GGGCUGAGGCGGAAGUGCCCGGCGGGGAGGCGGCGCGCACUGGGGACCCCGCUGGCUAUGGACGCCUCUCUGGAGAAGAUGGUCGACCCUACCCUAGCAGAAAUGGGAAAGAAUCUGAAUGAAGCAAUGAAGAUGCUAGAAGACAAUCAAAGAAAAGUGGAGGAGGAAGAUGAAAAGAAGUAUGCACGGAAGGAUAUUCCUGGACCACUCCAAGGCAGUGGCCAGGAUAUGGUGAGCAUACUUCAGUUAGUUCAGAACCUAAUGCAUGGAGAGGAGGAAGAGGAAACUUCACAGGCCUACCGACUUCAAAACGUUGGUGAACAGGGUCACAUGGCUCUACUGGGACAUAGUUUGGCUGCUUAUAUAUCAGUGCUGGACAGGGAAAGACUGAGAAAACUUACAACAAGGAUCCUUUCUGAUACUACUCUCUGGCUCUGCAGGCUUUUCAGGUAUGAAAAUGGAUCAGCAUAUUAUCAUGAAGAUGAUCGUGAAGGUCUCUUAAAAAUCUGUCGACUUGUUAUUCACACACGCUAUGAAGAUUAUACAAUAGAAGGAUUUAACGUGCUAUAUGCUAAGCAGCCUGUCAUAUACAUUAGUUCUGCAGCUAGAACAGGCUUGGGCCAAGCUCUCUGCAACCAGCUAGGGUUACCCCUUUCUUGCAUGUGCCGUGUGCCUUGUAACACUAUGUUUGGAUCUCAACACCAAAUGGAUGUUGCUUUGUUGGACAGAGUGAUUAAAGAUGAUGUUGAGUCUGGAAAACUGCCUUUGUUGCUUGUGGCCAAUGCUGGGACACCAGGUGCUGGGCACACAGAUAAACUUGGCCGACUGAAGGAACUUUGUGAGCAGUAUAAUAUGUGGCUCCAUGUAGAAGGUGUGAAUUUGGCAACUUUGGCUUUGGGUUAUGUCUCCUCUUCUGUACUGGCUGCUACAAAAUGUGACAGCAUGACUCUUACUCUGGGUUCCUGGCUGGGUCUCCCAGCUGUACCUGCAGUGACGCUCUACAGACAUGAGGAUCCGUCUUUGUCCUUAGCAGCUGGGCUGACAUCGAGUCAGCCCGUAGAGAAGCUCCGUGCCCUGCCACUGUGGCUCUCCUUGCAGUACCUGGGCCAUGAUGGGAUUGUGGAGAGGAUAAAGCAUGCCUCACAACUAAGUCAAAGGUUGCUGGAAAACUUGAAAAACCUGGAUUUCAUUAAAACUUCGGUUGAAGAUGAACUGAGUUCACCCGUGGUGGUUUUCAAGUUCUUCCAGGAAUAUUCAAAUAAAGAUCAAAUCUCACAUGCUGCACAGGCCUCAACUAUUCAGCACCCCAUAAUAAGCAACGAAAGACACAUUUAUGACACUUUCAAUCAGUGGCUAGGAGAGCAGUUGGCACAGCUGGUUCCUGCCAGUGGAGUUGAUGUGGUAGAACUGGAAGAUGAAGGCACAUGUGUGCGUUUUAGCCCACUAAUGACUUCUGCAGUUUUAGGAACUGAAGUACAAGAUGUUGAUCAGUUAGUAGACUGCUUAAAAAUGAAGAUACCAGUAUUGACAAGUACACUGCAACUGAGAGAGGAAUUUGAGCAAGAAGUGAGAAGAACAGUAGGCCUGUUGUAUAUUGAAGAUCUUAGUUGGCCAGGAUUAGGUGUUGUAAGAUACAACUACCACAGUGAUGGGAAGAAUGAUGACAAACAAGAAAAAGAACUAGAAAAAAUCAAUACAGAACUUCUGAAAAAAUUAAAUGAACUCGAGUCGGAUCUCACUUUUUCUUUGGGUCCAGAAUUUGGAGGGCAGAAGAACUGCGUUUAUAUUGGCAUGGUAACUGAAGAUCUGGACGUGUCGGAGUUAGUUGAAACUAUUGCAGCAACAGGCAGAGAAAUUGAAGAAAAUUCAAGACUGUUGGAAAACAUGACUGAAGUUGUUAGAAAAGGGAUACAGGAAGCACAACUUCAGCUUCAGAAAGCAAAUGAAGAACGACUUCUGGAAGAGGGACUGCUACGACAAAUACCUGUAGUAGGCUCUGUGCUGAACUGGUUUUCUCCAUUCCAAGCCUCACCAAAGGGAAGAACAUUUAAUUUAACAGCAGGCUCUCUAGAAUCCACAGAAUCUACAUACGUAUCAAAAGCCCAAGGAACAGGCACUACUCCACCACCAACUCCUACUUCCAGCCUUGCAAAGCAAAGACUUCCUGGUCAGAAAAUUUUUAAAAGGUCUCUAAGAAGUUCUGAUGCAUUCAGUGAGACCAGUUCAGUCAGCCACUGUGAUGACCUGGAGAAGAUGGAUCAGAGAGCCCCAACUCUAGCCCCUGGCCAAGAGCAAGGGCCUUUGGAGACAGAAAAAACAGAGGAGCAGAAGGAGGUGGCACAGGCGACAAAGUCGGACACUGAGGACAUUCCAAGUGACAAAUCGCCACGUGACUGCACGAAGGUAGAGGAACAAGAAAGUCAAAGAUAAAAUCCAGACUGUGGAUUUCAGACUCUGCAGAGGACGCCCGUGCCCUGGGAGGCAGGGUAUUAAUGAUGCAUUUAAAAUGUGAACAGUGCCACACACUAGUACAGUAAUAACUACUGUAACUUAUUAACUGGGAUUUUGCACAAAUAUAAAUUCCCCCCCGGGGACAGAGAUUUCUCUUAUCGUACACUUGUUACAGUUGCUUUAAUCCUCUACAUGUCAGUGUCACCAAAGUAGUACUGAAAUCUAUGAAGUACUCAUAAACACUUGUAAAAACAAUUGGCAGUUACCCUUCCUGUAGAAAUCCAAGCAUGAUAAUAGUUGCUAACUAACCAAUCAGCCAUACACAAGAUUAAGACUACAGUUGCACCCAAUAAUUGUAAAAUGAUCUUAUUUUAUGUUAUGCACUUAAAAAAAAUCACCUGCCAAUUGUUCACCUUUGUAAUAUUUAAAAUUCAGUUUAGCCUCUCCUGCAAAACAUCUACUGAAGUCACACUAGCUUUGUUUUGCUGCUUUUUUUUCUUUACCUUAUAAAGAACAUUGCCAAACAGUUGUGGUGCGGUGAGCAUUAGGGAUGGAUGCCUGUGUAUAUAGGAGUCACUGAAUAGUACUUUGCCAUCAACCAUUUUUUCCUGCUGUUGUAUGACUUGAUCCAUUUGGCGAAGGCCCUAGGUACAGUGGGGACUAAGUUAAUGAGUUUUAAGCCUUUUAGAAAGAAAUAGUGCCUCUGCAUGCCUAAACGGCUUCUUGCUUCUGCCACUGGAAAGAAUCGCCAACGCACCAUUAUUUUCCUUUGCACGGCAUUUAUAAACCAAAUACUGUUUAACACAUUUAUGUAGUGUGACUGGAGUUCUUUCUGUUGUGUAUUUUUAAAGAUAGUUGUAGUAAAGCUUGAAAAACCAAUACAAUUGUGCUGGUUUCAACACUUAUUUUUUGAAUAACAGUAACUUACCUAUGGUAGGAAUUGUACAGAUUCAAAGACAUUAUAUAGGUUAUUUACACUACAGCAUAACUUCAUAGUGUCUAGGACUACUUAAUGCACAAGCAAAGCUUUGGAUAAAUCAAAAGCUAAGGUGUAGAAGUCUUCCUCCCUGAAUUAUCUUAAUCACUCUGCUGCAAAUUUUCAGAGCCUCUUGUGGAAAGGAGAUCUUUGGAAAAGCUUGCUUUCCCCAAGGUAUCUGACUCUGGGGAGAACCAUCCCAUCCCUGUAGAACUGGAUACAAGUACUGUAGGUUGCUUCAUUUGUUUUUUGGUUGGGUUUUUUUCCUCCCCCCAAAAGAUAUCCAGUAAUACCAUAACGGCUGUAGUGGCAGCAGGACUUACGUCGAUAAUCUGAAAAAUUGGGGGUUUUUGGAUUGUACCGUCACCUGAUUUAACUCUCAGCUUCUAGAUCCUGGGGGGCUGGGAUGCCACGAACAAGGUUAAUUUUGCUGUUGGGGUAAUUUAUGUAAAUCAGAGUGCAAUUUUUCUAAAGUGCAAAAACAAUUAAGUUGACUAGUCUUCCUCAUUGGUUCCUUUGGUGCAAUGAAGUAUGUUAAUAAGAGUAAUUUGUUGGGGAUGAUAAAGUUAUCUAAAACAAGGAUUAAUUUUUAAUGUUUUUAUAUUUGGAAGUGUUAAACCAGUAGUUUUGUUGGAAUGAGCUUCAUUCUUUAGAUACUAUCUGAAUGUUUCAAUAAAGAUUCUUCAAAUUAUAGCUCUUGAA